AUGAAGCUCACAUGCCUUGUCCUUGGUGCCACGGCCCUGCUUCUGGGCGACCGUGGCUCUGUCCUCAGCACCUCCGCUGGGAACCUGCGCACCUUUGUGGGCUGUGCUGUGAGGGAAUUCACUUUCCUGGCCAAGAAGCCAGGCUGCAGGGGCCUCCGAAUCACCACGGAUGCCUGCUGGGGCCGCUGCCAGACCUGGGAGAAACCUAUCCUGGAACCCCCCUACAUCGAAGCCCAUCAUCGAGUCUGUACCUACAAUGAGACCAAACAGGUGACUGUCAAGCUGCCUAACUGUGGCCCUGGAGUCGACGCCUUCUACACCUACCCCGUGGCCGUCCGCUGCGACUGCGGAGCCUGCGACACUGCCACCACGGAGUGUGAGAGCGUUUGA